UAUUGGGUCGGUUUACGAUCCACUAUAAAACAAAUAUAUUAAAAAUUUCACAACCAUCCUAGCAUGUGAAAUUGAUGGUGGUUCAAUUAAAUUUAAGAACAGGAUUUUAUAAACACCAAUUUCGGUGUAAUGAUUUUAAAUUGUACUUUCUGUUUUAUAUUAUUUUUUGGUAUUAAUGGAGGUUACGGUUUUGAGAAUACACAGUUUACAUCUAAGUCUGAUGAACAUGACGAUGACAAGGCAGAAGAACUUGCAAAAGGUAAAGAACAUAUUGGAAAGAAAGAGGAAGUGAUGCAUCCGGCCCAGGUCGACUGGCCGCAGGGGAUCGUGCCUUACUACGUAGAUCCAAAGUCUUAUGAUGACGUAAUCACAACCCGAAUCCGCAUGGCUAUGAAUACUAUCGAGAGUCUCUCCUGCAUCAUGUUUAAGGAGAUACCGAUGAUGCCCCCAGAGUUCGCUGGAUUCAAGUGGCUGUAUAUUACCAAUCCUGAAAGCGAGAGAGAUUGUAGGCACACAACCUUCGUGGGAUCAAAAGGAAACGUGCUGCUAAUCCUGGGCUACGAUUGUUUGAAGCGACGCGACAUCAUCCACGCCUUGUUCCACGUCCUCGGCUUUAACGACGAGGUCACUCAUCCACAGCGAGACAUGUACGUUAGGAUUCUGUGGCAGAACAUACAGCCAAGAUACCGCCCCCUAUUUCGAAUCAGUACAGACGAGCAGCCCCAUAAAAUGAUGGUGGAGUACGACACGCUGAGCAUCAUGCAUUUCCAUGACAGAGCUUACAGCAGCAAUGGAGGAGCUACCAUAGCGCCUUUGAUAUCCGGCUUACUAAUAAGCCCUGCUGAGAAGUUGUCCCAACUGGAUAUCAUGAAGCUUCGUCUAGCCUUCGGUCACGAAUGCAACAGACGUAAAGUCGGAAACCUUGUCAAAACUUGUGAGAAUGUUCUACAGAAUUCUGACAACGAAAAACCAUAUCUUCCUCUAAAUAAUAAUAACCAAGAGGAACAAGAGGAAGAAGAACAGGACGAUCACGAAGAAAAUGGAGACGUUGGACAUUCUUUAGAAUCCAAAUUAAGUCAACCGAUGCUCAUUAAACCGAAACAUAAGAUAGGACACAAACCACAUAAGUUCAAGAAUGAAAUGGAAAGGAGAAACAUUACUUUAUUCAAAGAACGGCCAUUGACAAACCGAAAUUUUACGGCAUUAACAUUUCCUGAACCUCGUGUUACUAGGAGCUUACAACCCUGGUAAUUAAAUAAAAUUUAUAAAAGUA